AUUGAGACCGACUGCCACUGGAGGGCGCUGUUAAUGGCUCUGUGAAUGAAGAAGAAGAGAAGCGAAAGAGACAGCCUACCUUAAACGCAAAUAAUGGUUGAAUUUCAUCGUUUUGCGUGUUCGAGGUAGAAACUACUAGCUGCCAACAGAUUUAAUACAAACCAUGGUUUUCCACAUCUGUAGGAUGGGCAUGCGGCAGGGUGCCCAUCUGAAAUUGUCUGCCGCAAAGUUAUGUGGGCUUACCCUGGCUCCCAAAAUGGCGCCUUGCAUGCAGGUGUCCUACCGGGGCAUGUUCGUCUCCACCGACAACCUCAUCACCUUCUUCACAGGCCACAAGUUCAUGCACAAGUUUGACGAGCGCAGCAAGAUUGUGGUGGUGGAUGGCAACAUCGGCUGCGGCAAGAGCAAGUUCAGCCAGGAACUGGCCGCUAAGCUGGGCAUGAAGUACAUGCCCGAGGCCCACGUCCAUUACCUGGACGAGCUGGAGCUUGGGCCCGGCAAGAAGUACGACCCCAAGUACAUCGGCAAUGUCUCUUUGGAGCGGUUCUACAAGGACCCCUUCGACAAAGACGGCCAUUCCUUCCGCUUCCAGAUGAUGAUGUACGCCAUGCGCUUCAGGCAGUACGCGGACGUCCUUGAGCACCUCUUGAAAACAGGUCAGGGCCUGGUCAUGGAGCGAUCCGUGUACAGCGACUACAUCUUCAUGGAGGCCAUGUUCAAGAUGGGUUACUUCAGGAAAGCAUGUUAUGAUUACUACAAUGAGAUCAAAGGGAUCUCCUUGUAUCGUUUACGCCCCCCUCACCUAGUCAUCUACUUGGAUGCGCCUGUCGACGUCCUCCAAAAGAGAAUCAAGGAACGCGGAAAGGAGACAGAGGCUGAGAUCCCGAGCGAGUACUUGCAGCACAUCGAAGAUGGCUACAAGAACCGGUUCCUUCCGCAGAUCAGUGAGACUUCCGAGGUCCUCCGCUACGACUGGACCGACUACGGGGACAUCGACCUGGUGGUAGACGAGAUUCAGAUGUUGAAGUUUGAGCACCUGCCUUGGAACACGGAGGACGACGUCACCUUGGACAAGCUCUACCGAUUUGUCUAUAACAAGUAUCACGUCGCACGCUGUAUGGACAUCCCAAAGUAUCUGCCCGAGUUGACGUUUGGUGCCCAGGAGUUCUACGAUUUGACGAGGGAAUUCGAAGAGAAGUACAACAAGCAUUACGCUCCAGGUUACAACUUGAAGGAAGGCGAGCCAAAAUGGAAGCUUUUCUUCAAAUGAUCACGCUCCACGUCAGAGCUCCUCACAUCAUAUAGUGUAUUAAGAUUUUAAGAAAGAAUUUAAGGGGGGAGGAACAGCCCGAUGGCUGUCUUAUGUUGAGAAGUUUGUUGUGGGACACAACGUUGGGUUCUUAAGUUUCUGGAAGGGACUUUGCAGAGUUUGUAAGGUGCACUGUUCAUUCAAGUUGCAAACCGGGGGACAAGUUUCACAGCUCUGGCUACCUAAGGAUAAGAAGUAAUGAGUAACCGCACUAGAAGAUAGCAAAUGAAUGAUUGGUAUAUUCCCCACAUCUGACCCAAAUUUUAGUUUGUGGGUUAAUAUUGUGUGAGCAAACACUCUACUCACUGGUUUAGCAGGAAAUGUUUGUUUCAGAACUGUUAGCAGGGAUAGGUAAUCGCCCUAUGUAGAUAUUUAUCGUGAUGCUGCCAUGUUGGUCUUAUUCCCGGACACCCACUGGCAAUAGUAAUACAACAUCACAUAUCGAUGAGGGAACAGUCUAUGUUUCCUUCAGCCUCAGUUUGAUUACAUUGCUUUGGAUGGUGGAAAAGAAAGAUGGCUGCCCCAUGAUGGAGGUCUAUAAGAGAACACUAUGGCUGUGUCCAAAUCAUUUGGCUGUGACUUGAAAUCACGCACGAUUCUAUGGGAACUGGCCGCGGCUACUUCCAUAGACUCGUGUGUAAUUUUAAGCCUUAGCCAAAUAAUCUGGACAUGGCCUGUCUCAAAGCUUAGCUGGCAAAUUGGCCAAGCGUAGAAAUUAUUUCCCAGCAAAAACGGGUGACUUGCCAAAAUGUCGUGGAGUGCACAUUAUCUGUGACUGGUUCCCUGCUGCCAUCCAUGUAAAAUCGUUAAGCAGCGUUUUCUGUUUGGCGACUUUAUGAAAUCAAGUUCAGGUAUUCAGCCCUUGCUUUUAACAUCGUCACUGGGUGUUGAAUACUUGACACGCAGUUGGGCUGCAAAUCCCACAAGUUUUGAGUAUUCUUAUAGAGGACAUCUGUGUGAAGAAAAACUUUUUGAAACACAGCGAAAACAAAUACAUGUAUAAAGAUUUCAAGGCCAGGUUGUAGAAUUUGGGAUGCUGUUCCCCAUGUUUGAAGACAGUUUGUCAAAGGAUAUUUUAGCAUGGCUUUAUUUUGUUUUUUUAUAUGCAACUUCCACCACCUGCAUGUACAUCUACACCGUGGUUUUCAACAUUUUGAUUUAAUUCACACCAAAAGAGAAAAAAAUUGAAAAUAAAACAUUUGAUCAGUUUUUCAGAGUAGCACUUUUCCUCUUUUGCACAGCAAGUACGACAUCUUUUGGAAAGAAACAGAGCUGAACUUUUCGUUUAUGGUAAAAGCCGGUUUCAAAUGGGAUGAUGGGAGUAAGCAUCGAAACUUUACAAGCACAGGGGAUUGUUUUUCUGCAGAAUAAUUUUGGCUCUUCCAAAUUUAAGUGGAAAUGCUUCUCAGUUUUAAUACCCCAACCGUGCUUUUUUUCCCUCUUCACUGAAGCUCAGUACCUCUAGGCUGUUCCGGUUUAUGAAAUUGCCUGUUUUUUGGUCAACGAGGUACCCUUCUUCAGACCACUUUUUUGGAAGUUCUGAAAGACAGUUUUUGAUUUUCUUUUCCUGUAGAUAAAGGAGAGACGCCAUUGGCAUUUCUGCGUGGAUUGUAAUUAAAAACAAAUACAUUGUCUUGAGAA